AUGCACCAACUCAUAAGAACCUACAACUUGUUUGGCCAGUUCCGCUGGAUUUCGUCACAAAUGAACAGGGCAAGAAACGGCGAGCUUUAUCGCUACAUAGCCGAUACCCGUGGAGCUUUCGUUCAGCCAGCUUUCUAUGAAGGUUUUGGCCUCACUGUGGUGGAGGCCUCAACUUGCGGUCUCCCAACAUUUGCUACUUGUCAUGGAGGUCCUGCAGAAAUUAUCGAGCAUGGGGUAUCAGGUUUCCAUAUAGAUCCACAUCAUCCUGAUAAAGCUGCUGCACUCAUGGUUGAGUUUUUUGAACAUUGUAAAGAAGAUGCCGACUACUGGAAUAGCAUAUCCAAAGGAGGAUUGAGUCGAAUCUAUGAGAGGUAUACAUGGAAGAUCUAUUCGGAAAGAUUAAUGACACUGGCUGGGGUUUAUGGCUUCUGGAAAAAUGUGUCCAAGCUUGAAAGGCGCGAGACGCGGCGCUAUCUUGAGAUGUUCUACGUAGUACAAUUCCGAGAGCUGGUGAAAUCUGUCCCUCUUGCAGUUGAUGAGCACUGA